CCUGUGGCAGCCUAUCUGCCCGCGCGUGAUUCCAACUUCCGCCAUUGCUGCCACCCUUUCACCCUUGACUCUAGCCAGCAACCUAGAUGCAUAGGAGGCAUCGCCUUGGCUCUCGUUCCUCGAUUGCGACCGUGCAGUGUAACUAAGAAUCUUGGAUUAACAAUUCUCUAAGAAUCCACCACUCGAGCCGUCUGUUACUCUAUGGCGCUGCAGGCGUCGUGUGCCCACCCGUCGUGUGCCAUCCUGUGGACUUGCAACCGGCCCGGCGUCGACUAGCCUUGUAGGAACGAGCGUCUGUUAGAAUAUCGGCCGCAGAGAUCAGCAGAGAGUACGAAUUCUGGAGGUUAGAAUUGAGAAGACGCCUUACGUAGCAGUAGGGCAAGCUAAAUCCUGCCGACCAACCGUCUAUUAGGGUAAGGAGUCUCGAUAAACCGCCCGAUGUCAUCGUCGCCGUGGAAUGCGGCGGAUGCCGACGCGGACCCGGCCAUCAACGCGUGGUCUACGUUCGACGACAUGGUUUGGCUCGAGUUCGGCACCGACGACCACAUCGUGCCCGCGCAAGCCGCCGCGGCCCACGCGGACUGGCCCGCGGAGAUGGGGCGCGCGGAGGAAGGGGACGUGCGGCCGCCUGGGGAGGGAUGGGGGGCAGCGGGCGGAAACAAGGGGGCGGGGAGCGAGAUGGAGACUGACGGGGCGCUAGGGGGGUGGAUGGGGGAGGCGGAGGGCGCAUCCGGGCGAGAGGCGCCUCAGAGGGGAGAGGAGGGCGCGCGGAGGGCGGGUAAAGGAGAAACGGCGGACGGUUUAACGCUGCAGCAGUGCGCGGAGCGGCUGGUGGCGGAGAGGGAGGGGGAAAUGGGGCGGAGUGGGACGGGGUACGGGUAUGGGUAUGGGAUGGGGUACGGGCACGGGGCGCUGGGCGGUGGCAUGGGGGGCGGGGGCGGGGACGAGGGCGCGGUGAUGAGCAUGAUGGACGCGCACCUGCGCGCCAACAUGGGCAUGGACGCGGGCGGGGGCGCGGGGGCGGGGAGGGGCAUGGGGUUGGGGAUGGGGAUGGGGAUGGGGAUGGGGAUGCAGCAGAGUGAGGUGCGCGAAGAAGGUGGAGCGGCGGACAUGGGGGGAAAUGAGCGCGUUGGGGACGACGCGGACAUGGGGGACGAUGCGGGGGAGCAGGCGUGCAAGGCGGCGAAGGCGUGUGAUGGGGGCGAUGGGUGCGCGGGGCAAGGGGUGAAUGAGCCGCGUGUGGGCCCCUUUAACGGACUGUCAAACGCCGACACGCGCGCUGCUGCUGCCGCGCCUACCGCGCCUGCUGCUCUUUCGCGUGCUGAGGUUGUGGGCGGUGUGGGGGAGAGCGGAGGGCGGGGAGGCGAGGGGGAGGGAGCGGCGGCAUCAGAUUCACACAGCGUGGCGGCGGCGGCGGACCACAACGGCCUCGUCCCGCGCCCCCUCACGCCGUCCGCUCUCCCUUCUGGCUGCGCGGGGAGCGUGGAGGGGCGAGCUGAGACGCACGCGGAGGGGGUGACGGAGGCAUCGGCGGAGAGGGGCGGAGGGGGCGCACGAGGGCGGAUGGCGGAGGCAGAGGAGAGACACAGAAACAGCAGCGCGGGGAGGGUGGGGGAAAUGGCGGGCAGUGGAGAGGCACAAGGGCAGAGAGGGGGGGGGGAUGGGGAGGAGCGAAGGGUGGGACGGAAUGGCAGCGAGGGGGAGAGGGUGGGGGAAAGGGGGAUGGGAGGAGAGGAAGGAGGAGGCGAGAAGUAUGAGGGGACGGAGAGAGGGCAGGGGCUGGCGAGGGAGGGAGGCACAUGGCAACAGGGGAAGGGAAAGGUAGGGGGUGGAGCGGAGACGGCAGCAGGGGCGAUGGGAGGAGGCAUGAGGACUGCUGCCAGCGAUGCGCACGUGGCUCGUCGGCGAGUGGUGGCGCGGCGCCGCAACGAGAGGGAGCAGCGCACGCCCACGCCGAGGAAGACGGCGCACUCCGCUGCUGCCGCCACCGCCGCCCGCCCCACCACCACGCACCCGCACACGCACUCGCACUCUCACUGCGCCCCCCUCGCGUCGUCCUCCCCCACCGUUGCCUCUGCGCCGCCCCCUGUGCUGCGCCACUCCCUCAUGGCGUCCCCGUCCAUCCACCCGCCCUCCCCCUCCGUCUCCUCCCUCCACACCGCCCCCUUCCCCCUCUCUGCUCGCACUCCCUCCUCCCUCCCCUCGCUCCCCUCGCUCCCCUUCUUCCCCGUGGCCCCCCUGCCCGCUGUCGCCAUGCGUCCCCCCGCGCACCUGCCCACGGCGUUCCUCUCGUCCGCGCUGCCCUCCGCGCUGCCCUCCUCGCCUGCCGCCUUCGCCCUGCCCGGCGGCCCGGCGCCCUCCGCGGCCUCGCUGCCGCAUGGGCUGGGUGCAGGGCACCACGCUGCUUUCCUGGGGCAGCAGCAUCAACAGCAGCAGCAGCAGCAGCGGGUGCUGGGGCGACAAAUGCUGCUGUACCAUCAGCAGCGGCUGCAGCAGCAAGAGCAGGGGGCGGGUGUGGAGCAGCAGCAGCAGCGGCAGUGUGUGGUGCAGAAGCAGCGAGUGCAGCAGCAGGAGGAGGUGGAGAGGGGCAAGGAGGUGGUGGCAGCUCGGCACGGCUGUGCGCCCAUGGGCGCCACCACCCACACGAGCGCCAGCGGCGGCAGCACAGGCGGCAGCAUCAGUGCCGCUGCCACGCACGUGCUCCCUGCCAGCCUCGCAGCAGGAGCAGCAGGAGCAGCAUCCAUCUUCAUCCGCCCCACGCCACCUCCCCCUCCCAAAUGGCCUGUCUCUCUGCCCGCCCCUCUCAUCCCGCCCGCCUCCCACCUCGCCCUCUCCUCCGCCCUCCUCCCCUCCACCCACUCGUCCACAUCCACUGCCCCCCUCCCCGCGUGCCCCUCCCCCUCCCUGCCCGCCCCUCGCGUCUCACCCCGCGCCCUGCAGCCCUCUGCUGCUGCCGCUGCUGCCGCUGCAAUGCCAGCUCCACCCGCGCCUGUCCUGGGCGCGGGCACUGCUGGUGCUGGGGGCAGUGCAGGGGCGGCAGCAGCAGCAGCAACAGCAGCAGCAGCAGCAGCAGCAGCAGCAGCAGCAGCAGCAGCAGGUGGGGUGGGGUGCACGAUGACGCCGGCGGAGAAGAUAGAGAAGCUGCGGCGGCGGCAGCAGAUGAAGGCGGUGCAGCAGGCGCACAUGGCGCUGGAGCGCAGGAAGCUGCAGCACCUGCACCACCUGCACACGGCGCACCAGCUGCACCAGCUGCAGCAGUUACAGCAGCUGCAGCUGCAGCAGCAGGUGGAGUUGCAGCAGCGGUUGAGGGAGCACGGGGCAUCCAGCAUGGCGCAGCACGCCGCUGCCAGCCCAUGCGGCGACACGCCCGCCACUUCCACACGAGCAGCAGCGAGUGCGGAUAGAGCAGCAGAACUGGCAGUGGCAGCAGCGGCUACUAGUGUCAGCUCUGCUGCGGAUAGCGCUGCUGCUGCUUCUGCUGCUGUUGCUGCUGCUGCGGCUGGUGGCGCGGCAGGCAGGCGGGCCCAGGCGUGGGCCCCCCCAGCAGGCGCACCGCUGGCCGUGGUGCUGAGCUCCAGCAACCUGCAGGCGUUCGGCGCGUCCUCGGAUGUGCUGCCCGCGCCGCAAGGCAGCGAGUCGUUGCCACCAUGGGGAGGGGGCGGCGGGCAGGGGGCUGCAGUGGCGGGUGAAGAGGGCGGAAGGAAGGGGGGGAGGGGCUGUGCAGUAGGCACGGGAGGAGGGGAGGAAGGGAGGGGCAGCGAGGUUGUGGGGAGAGUGGAGAGGGGCACCAGCAAGGCAGGGGAGGGGGAGGGGGAGGGGGCUGAGGAAGGGGAGGAGGGGUCGGUGGAGUGUGUGGUGCUGGGGCAGCUGGGCGACACCAUGCACAAGCUGGACGGUCCCACCCGCCUGCUCAUCCGCGACGCGCUCUUCCGCCUCGCCCACAGCGCCUCUCAGCGCACUGCUGCCCUCCCCGCUCCUCCCCACUCGCCUUCCUCCCACUCCGCUCUCUCCUCCCACACUCACUCCCUCGCAUCCCCCUCCCUUCGCCGUCACGCGUCCGAGCCUACCACUGCUGGCAGGCGCCGCACCUCGUGUCCAGCCUCGGAAGCAUCUGUUGCGGCGCCCAGCUCAGGUGGCAUGCACUCCAGUGCCGCGGGUGCUGCUCAUGCGGCCUUCGGGGCGGCGUGCGAGUGGGACAGCAACGCCAUGGACCGCGCCAUCGCCAACCUGCUCUUCCACCGCCCCGCCCACCCGCCAACUCCCCCCUCCGCCUCUCCCCCUCCUGCCGUCACGCAUGCUGCCUCUGGGGCGUCUCCCAUUCGUCCUGCACAUGCUGCUGCAGCAGCAGCGCCAGUGGGCGCAGGAGGUGAGGGGGGAAGAGCAGGAGAGGCUGUGGCAAGGCGAGCAGGGGGCGAGGGAGAGGCGGGUGCAGCGCCUGCUCUUGCUGCCGCCCUCUCUUCCCCUCCCUCCCAUGCCGCCCACUCGCCCCGUCCCACCCCCAUGCACAUCUCCUCCCCCCUCUCCCCCCAUGCGCACUCCCCCGCUCCCCCCUGCAACCCCGCCCGCUCACCCAUGGCCACCACCUCGCCGUGUGCCCCCGCCCUCUCUGUGUCCCACUCCUUGUGCUCCUCGCCCGCCCUCGCCUCCCCUGCCACGUCGGCCCACGCGCCCUCCUCCACCCCCACCACGUCCCUGCCACUCCUCCCUGCUGCCUCCUCAUCCCUCUCCUUUCAGCAGCAGCAGCAGCAGCAGCAGCAGCUGGCCAUGCUGAUGUGGCAGCCCCGUGGCCUGCCACCUGGCACCCGCUGGCUACCAAGCCUAGCCAGGGCUGCUCCAGACCUCGUUAUCCAAGCCUCGGAGGCAGGCUUGGGCAAGGCUGGGAACAAUGAGAGGCAGGGAAUUGCAGCAGCGCAAGAGGCUGCAGUGGGGGCGAUGGUGCUUGGAGGAGGCAUUUCAGGUGACGCCUGGCGAUGUGUCUCAGGUGGUACUUCAGGUGCGUCUGAAGCCUCUCUGCCAUCCAGGCUGCCGGCCCUUCCCCCCACACUCUCGGCAUCCUCAGGCCGUCCAGGUAGCCUGCUGCCACUGGUGUGUGGCAUGGGCGAGGGCAGCAGCGGGGGCGGCAGCAGCAUGAGGGCGCAGCAGGCGUUCAGCGAGAUGCUGUGCCGCCAGCACACGCGCGAGGACGGGGCGCCCAUGGGGGCAGGGGACCACCCUGCUGCCACACAUGCUCUGGGAGCCGGCUCGGGCACGGGCACGGGCGUGGAUGUAGGCAUGGGUAUGAGAAUGGGCGUGGGAAUGGCGGGGAGAAGUGAUGGUGGCGUGGGUGUGGGGGGCGGUGGCAUAGUGAGGGCGAUGGGGUUGGGCAUGGGGGGGACGGCAGGCAUGGCAGGGGAUGCAUGGAGGGCCGUGGGGAGAGUGGCGGAGGAGGAAGGGUCAGCGGUGAUGGGGCAUGGGCGAGGGGGUGGGUGGGGGGAGGGAAGAGAGGGGGGGCACUUGGACGCAGACGUGGGUGGGGAGUUGGGGGCGGUGGUGAGAGGUGGGAUGAGUGUGCUGGGCCGUCCUGCUAACUACCGCUUCCCCUCGCAUCACUUUGGGUAGCCAGUGCUGCCCAGGCAGCAUUACAGCAGCAGCAGCAGCAAGGUGUGCGGUGCGUUGUGAUGCGAGGACAUGAGGCGAGGCGCCAGCGUUACCGCCAGUCAGAAGCGUGUGCAGUGCAGUUUUAGUCCCUCCAGUUGCGCGCUGCUCGCACCUUACUUCCACCCCACUUGUUUUUUUAUAUGGGUUGACUUGCCAAGCUCUCAUGAGCGCUCAUCUCAGCUGCUGCUGAGAUCGUAGGUGAAAUUCUGUGUGUGUGUGUGUGAGUCCCGCAGUUCA